CCCAAAAUCAAACAGCAAGCUCUGAGCAAAGAGCUGUCCGAGCCCUUCCCAGACCCGGGCACGUUCGAAGACAUACCGAAAGUGAGGAGUAUAGCGGGGGAUUUGGGGGAUAAGUGAGUAUGCUGGCCGGGGGUCCUGAAUGCAGUCCAAACUAGAAGAAGAUUGAGAGCUUUCGCUGACGGAAUGGGUGGGGAUGUAUAGACGUGUGAAGGGCAAAGUCGUCAUCAUAACUGGCGCAAACUCCCCCAUCGGCAUCGGCCGCGCAAGCGCCCACCAAUUCGCCCGCCACGGCGCGCGCGCCCUCUUCCUCUGCGACUACGCCGCCACGCACCUCGCAACGCACAAGCGCGAACUCUCCUCCCUCUACCCCUCCGUCGACAUCCACACGCGCCAAUUCGACGCCGCCUCCGAGCCCGCCGUCGCGCAAAUCGUCCAAGAAGCCCUGUCCGCCUACGGGCGGCUCGACGUCUUCUUCGCGAACGCGGGGAUAAGCAGCAGGAAGGUCUUCUGGGACGAGGAUACAGAGGGGUUUAUGAAGACGCUUAGGACGAAUGCGCUCAGCGUCUUCCUCGCCGUCAAGUACGCCCGCGCCGCUAUGCUGGAAACUUCGCCCGGGAAACCGUAUCCAGGCGGCAGUAUCAUAGCGACGGCGUCCGUCGCGGGGCUGCGCAGUAAUGCCGGGCCUACGGAUUACAGCGCGAGCAAGGCGGCGGUUAUCAGCCUCGUGCAGACGUGCGCGUACCAGCUCGCCGGCAGCGGCAUCCGCUGCAACGCCGUGUGUCCCGGGCUCAUCGAGACGGGCAUGACGAAAUCGACGUUCGAGGCGGCGAGAGCGCGCGGGACGGAGAGGAAGAUUGGGCAGCUUAAUCCGCUGAGGCGUGGGGGGCAGGCGGAUGAGAUUGCGCGCGUGGUGCUGUUUUUGGGGAGUGAGGAGGCGAGUUAUGUUAAUGGGCAGGCGUGGGCGGUGGAUGGCGGGUUGUCGGCUGGAUUGCCGUUUGUGCCGGGGAAGUUGGCGUAGGGGAGGACGAGAGGGGAGGAUAGGAGAGCGCAUGAGGUUGGAAAGAAAGAGAGGGAGAGGAACUGUACAUAGCAUAAGCCCCCAAAGCCCGAUGGGCGCAAUCGAAGCCCCAAAGCGCAAAGACAAC